CCCACCACCCCGCGCCAUGGCGACACAACCCAACGGUGUGGACGCGCUCGCCGACACGCUAGACAAGACGCGGCUCGACCCCGCAGACGCCGCCUCGUCAGACGACGACGCGCCCGGCGCCGGCGCAGCAGCUAAGAAGAAGAAGAAGAAGCCCAAGAAGAAAAAGAAACCAGACUACUGGGAGAACGGCGGCGGCGUCCCCGUCCCCCGUGAGACGGCGCCGGAAUCCGAGGCGGACGCGGCGCGCUGGGCGGCAGAGCUCAAGCCGACGGGGCUCACGCAGCGCCUGGACGCGUGGUUCAUCCUGCAAGAGCGGGAACGCCCCAAGCUCAAGCUCUUCCGCACGCCGGGGUGCGUCGGCGUUGGGCUGCGUACCCCGCGCCUGGUCCUGCGCCAGGUCGAGGUCGGCGACACGACGGCGAUCCGGCGGAUCAAGAUGGAGCCGGUCGUGCAGCGGACACAGCUCUACGGCUCCCCGUCCGCGUCCGACAUCAAAGACUCGUUCCAGCGCCGCUAUGUCGCGUCCUCUGUCCCGCGCCUCGAGCCCGCCAACGCCUGGCGCGACGAGUACAUCUUCGCCAUUACGGCCAAGGAGGGCGCCGGGAUCACGGUCGCGCCGGCGGGGCAGGUGCGGAUCAGUAAUCGGAUCAGCUCGGCGGAGGGGUAUUUGGGCAACUUUGCCCUCUCGCUCGAGUGCGAGCCAACAGAAGGCAUGAAGCCCUCGGCAGGCGUGCCAUGGGUGCACCCGCCGGCCGCGACGCGCGCGCAGGCCGGACUAGUCGGCAAGAUGUUCUACGAGAUCCACCCGCAGCUGUGGGGGCAGGGUAUCGUGUCCGAGGCGUUUGCCGAGGUGCUGCGCUUCGCGAUCGAGGAGGUGGGGUGUGUCGCUGUUGUCGCCGACCCGACAGAGGGCAACGACGCCUCGGUGCGCCUGUGUACCAACAACGGCAUGGUGUUUACCCACGAGAGCAGCGACAACGCGUUUGGCAAGGCGCAGCUCUUCCACCGGAUCACGCGCGAGCAGUGGUUCGUCAAGAACAAGGGUGGGAGCACCAGCGAUGCCUGGGGAGGCAAGGAGGCGUGCCGCUGGUGCUGCGACUUCAGGCUUGGGCAGCCCACGUUUGUGUGUGACGGCUGCGGAUGGGCAAAGUACUGCUCGCGCGAGUGCCAGCGCGCCGACUGGCUCUGGCGCGGCGGACACCAGGCCGAGUGCGGCAAGGAGAAGGAGACGAAACACUAG